AUGUUAUUUAUUAUUUGUCUGGUCACACACUACAAAUUUAAGCAACAAGCUCUUGGCGGACAUUUGUUGCUAAUAUUGUAAUUAAAAUUGUAAUCUAUCUUAUUAUUGGCAGCUGCUUUGCAGUUUUAGCAACGCAGCACCACAAAAAAUGGCGGAGGAUGAACAAAGUGCAUACAUUGUAAAUAAUUUACAGGCACUUGUCAAGUGCUUGGCCGGCCCUAAGGUUCCAGAUAAAGAGAAGCGCAAGCUGGAACGCAAAGCGAUGCAUCAUAUUCGCGAGCAUCAUUAUUUGAGCACAAAUAGCAACCAGGUGCGUCGCGAUAUAGACAAUUUAUUGGAGCGCUUUCGUUGCGAGGGCAUGUCUGCAUAUGCAGAUGUGUUGCGACAACUAAGCCGCACCAUAAUGGAGUCGCCACUAUGCGAGGAGCACUACGAGGUGGAUGUGCAAUAUUCCAUGCUGGAUUUUCUGCUCAGCUUGACCUAUAUGCCCACACAAAAUGUGCGUAAGCAUCGCCUGCAGAUGGGUGAACGCCUGCUGGCCAUAGAGGAAGCGCAUAAAACGGCAAGCGAUGAGUCAGGCGCCGAAAAUCAUGUAACACCCAACAGCUCGGAGACCGAAAUCAAUUGGGAGCAAUAUUUAAGCCUAGACCUACCACCGUCCCAUCAGUGGUCCAGUAGUGAUGAUGAGUUGAGCGACUGGUCAAGCGACACUGAGGGUGAGGAACAAAACGAUAAGGACUUAGAGUUGCAUGCGUCGACCAGUCUGUUGGCCAUAGAUAUGGACAGGAUCUAUAAAACAACGCAAAGCUAUCAGAUGCAGAAGAACACUUACAUGCCGGAGGAACAAACGUCAACUGGGAAAGGCAAAUUUAAAAUUAUUAUGCCCGAGCUACUGCCGCUAAAAGCCGAAAGGAGGUCAGCUGCUUCUUGGUGUAAGCUGCCAGCGCUGCCACCACUGCAGCCGCCAGACGAAUUCACGUACUGCAAGCCGCUGCACAUAGAUGCCAAGAAAGUGGAGCAGCUGCUCCUGCAGGAAAAGCCAGCUAAGCAUUGGUCCAACUUUGGCAGCGACUAUGUGCGUUUCUUAAACAAAAAGGAGCUGGGCAUGUGUAAGUAUAAGCUGCCCGCAACAGAGAAUGAGAGCACGCUGCUACGCGAAAUAAUCUACAUGUUCUUUGCGCCCGCCAGCUGCAUAUUCUUUGAGCUCGACGAGCGCACGGAGUGCAUAAGUGUGCGACCCAAUGUGACCAUCCACAGCGCCACAGCGGCCACGGUGCAACGCCAACUGGAGCUGCAUCUGCUGCCUGCCUUGCAUGCUAUGAUGGAACUGCGGCAGUUCAUCAACGAGCAACUGUUGUAUGGCGCCUAUGAGCGCAAGACAGGCUCGCUUGGCUGCUUUGCUGCAUCGCUGCGCGAGACUAUCAAGCCCGUCAAACAGCAACUGAUGGACUUUGAGCGGCAACUGCUGCAGCAGCAGCAGAGUGUGACGCUAAUCGGGUUUAUAAUUCACAUGGAACCGCAUUUGCAGCAGCUGUUGCUGCUGCAGCGCAUCAAGCAGAGUGUGCUCAUCAAUGGACACCCCAACUGCGUGCGCAGCGCCUAUUUACUGUCGCAGCUGUAUCAGCAAUCGCUCUCGUCAGAGCCGCAUCAGAAGCUGGCCACGGCGCUGCUGCUGGCAUCACUGCAACGCUACUGCGCCAUUACCGACGCCUGGUGGCAGCGCGCCGAGCUGAUGGACUGGCACAAGGAGUAUAUUGUGGAGCACUAUGAGCACGAGGCUGCCGUCACAGGCUGCCUGGUGCGCGAAUCUCUGCUAGCGUGCCCUCCAACUGCAAUCACAGCGCAGCUGCAACGCUGCGAAUUGUAUCAGCUGCUGCUGCAACAUGCGCUGGACGCGGGCGAGACACAAGAUAUGCUGCAAGGCUUUCAUCUGCUGGGCAGCUUCUUGAACAGCAUUGAGCCGCAUCAGCAGGCGCCGCUGCAUGGCGAGCUCGUGCGUCAUAUUUGCAGCGAGGUGCAAGCGCUGACGGGCAGACCAGCGGAACAGUCCAGCCAGCUGCCGUCGACGGCGUCACAGCUGCCGACGCAGCUGCCGCAGUUGGCCAACCUAGAGCUUAUGCACAUAUUUUCACGUCCACGGCAAGCGCAGAUGCCGCCACAAGUUGACGGCAGUUUGCAGCUGAACAAAUUGCUGCAGGCGCUAAAGUCCACACCGCUGCAGCUGCCGAAUUUUGUUUGUCGCGCGCUGGACAAGCCGCUGCGGGAGCGUCGCCUGCUGGGCGAGCUAUAUCUGAUGCACUGGUAUCGCGAGGAGCUGCAGCUGGCUGCGCAUGUGCAGCUGCUGCGGCAUGUAAUGCUGCUCGAGGCGGACUAUUUGCUGUACGGCUUCUACACGAAAAUCUUUCGUCAGAUCGAGAAGGGCAUCUACUGGGCGCGCAGCGGCUCGCUCACACUGGAGCUGUAUGAGCUGCUGCAGCCGAGCUUUGGCCAGCUGGCGUGCAAGUUCUACUUCAAGCUGCUCUCACGCGUGCGCAUGGAGUCGUUCAAAGUGUUCGAGGCAGUGGAGGCCGUCAAGCUGGAGUUUGAUAUAUCGGCGCCUCUGCGGCGCGUUAUUACUGCAACGCAUAUUGAUAAAUAUAAUGAUAUAUUUCGUUUUAUGCUCAAAGUGAAGUGGUCGGCAUGGAAGCUGGAAAACAUGCGCUUCAUUCGUAGCAGCAAGUCGGAUCCGUAUGCGCCCUUGGAUCUGCUCGGCUUGACUGUGCGUCGACUGGAAAUGGUGCGCUUCUGGCUGAUCAAUCUAAUUUAUAAUGUGCAUAACCAUCUCUGCACCUAUGUGCUGCAGUCCAUUGGACGUGAGUUCGAGCGCCAGCUGCCCAAGUGCAGCAACAUGCAUGAGCUGUGCCGACUGCACGACGAGUUCCUGCGCCGCCUGACCACACACUGCCUGCUCGGCCCAGAGUUUGAGGACUUUAGCACAACUCUGGAGCAGCUGUUUCAUCUGGUGCAUGUGCUCGAUCUGGAGUGGACCACCUGUGAUAAUUAUCUCAACGAAUCUCAUGCGCUCAGCCCCUGCCUCAGCACUGAUGAGGAACGCAGCAGAAGCAGUGAAUAUCUCGGCAGCUCAGUGACUCGCGACAUGGCCAUGGAGUACCUGGCACUCAACCAGGUCGUCGAGAUUGAGCAGACCUAUAUACGCUGCCAUCAGAUGCUGGCCAAGCUCUUGAGAACGCUCGUCUUUGAGAAGGAGCAUACAUUUUUGAUUUCCCUGGAAGCGGCCUUCAAUGCCAGUGAGCCCUGCUAGCCACAUAGCCUGCUCUAAAAAUAGUUUCUGCUCUUAUUUAUGCACAAAUCCCAUUAAGUUAUACACAUUAAAACGAACUCUAAAAAUUAUUAUAAUCGAAGAAGAAGAAGCGGAGCGAAAUUUUAAGGAAUGCUCGCUCUGAGAUUUCUAUUCUCCAAAGAAAAGAAACGAACUCAUUUCUAUUUACAAUUCCAAUAAGACAUGCGAA